AUGCCCGACCCUCACGAGCGAUUUGAAUGCCAUCAUCCUGGUUGCACAUCGAGCUACCUGCGCAAGGAGCAUCUGCAUCGCCAUCAGGCCCAGCACACUGGCCGAGUCACCUCUCCAUGCCCAUUCUGCAGCCGGACCUUUGCACGAAGGGACACUCUUAGGCGCCAUGUCCGGCGCGACCAUGCGAACUCCCAAUCUCAGCUAGACUCGGCUCGUGCAAUACGAGCUUGUCAAGUGUGUCGUGGCGCAAAGUUACGCUGUAGAGGCGGAUUUCCCUGCACUCGGUGUCGGGCGAAGGGGGUUCAAUGUGUCUUUGAGCAUCCAGCGGCCAAGUUUGGGGUUGAGGACGAGCCUGAGCCUGGGCCUGGACCCAACGCCGACGCUGAUCUCGAUGCGACGGCGUCACAAUCCAAUCCGUCACGGCAUCAAGGUAAUGCUCAAGCUGAUCCACAGAAUCGACAGGGCCAGACGGAUGGCGAGAGCCCUAGUCUUGGUCCUGGUCUGGUUGUUGCACAGUCUGCGGACAGAGAUAAGACCCAGCACUGGGUAGAUCUCUACUUUACACGGUUCCAUCCCCACUGGCCUAUCCUGCACCGGGCCACGUUUGACGUUGCCCACGAGCCGCCCUUCUUAGUUCAGACUGUAGUAAUGGUUGGACUCUGGAGCAACUGGGCCCGAACAUACCCCUCACGAGACGAAGCUGGAGAAGGGUGUGAACUCGAAACGGGGGACGGCAACCCUACCUCCCAGUGGCCGAUCGCAACGUAUCAAGGCAUCCUAAUCUACCUGAUCUUCUCGCUGGUUCUGUACGGCACAGACCAUGCCUCAUUCGAACUCAGCUUAACUUUCCGUAUGAGCCCGUCUGACCAUUCCCUCCUCUCGUCCGUGGUCAAAACAUGUCUUGAAAACAACAUCUUCCAUUAUCCUCGUAUGCUGCAGCGGUAUGUGGGCGUUGAGGAUAUUACCUGUAUCUGGGUUGGAGUAGAGGAGAUCAAGCGGUUAGGACUGGCGCUGUAUAGGGUUUGUUGCAUGUGUGCUGGUGAGACCGGGCGAGAGGCAUCCGUACGUCCAGAUGGUGACCAUGGCCGGCUGCUACGCCUGUGCGACUUGGACUUCCCUCCUCCUGAUGAAGAGUAUCUGUGGGGGGCCGGCUCGAACGAGGAAUUGUCGAGACUACUUCGACAUCGGAACGGGACUCCAGAACAGCAUCAGACGGACGAUGGGCGUGAGGGGUCGUUAAUAACAGGGGACCAAAAGAGCUGGAUAUCUAGUCAUAUACUAUGUCAAUGUAGCUCGACGAUCCCAGUAAAGGGCUCGCGGUUUGCUACAUGA